GUUUUUGUAUUUUCUUCAAAUCUCCGGUAACCGUAGAAGAACUUUCAGCCUUUUCUAACUUGUGAUCGAGCGAACUGACGAAGAAUUGAUGGCUGUUCCUCUUUCGAAGCUGUUGCGUGGAACGUGGAUCUCAAGUCCCAGGGGUUGCUAAAGAAGCACGUAGGGUUCCGCCUCCGUCCUUAAACCUUCUUGCCCAAUUUCUAGCGGCUUUGCAAAUUAGGGUUUUGCAGAAGAAGAUGAGUUUGGUGGCUGGAUCGUACGAGCGGUUCCUCUGGGGGUACCGGCUGAAAUCUCGAAAGCACGACGAUUCCCUCUCGCUAGCACCACUCUUCUCAUUCCCCUCUCACCUCUCCACCAUCAAAACCGUCGCCGUUGCAGGAUCCGCCGCCGUCUCCGGCGGAAACGAUGACACAAUCAGAAUCUACGACCUUUCCUCCUGCUCUGAGAUUGGCUCGCUGCACCACACCUCUUCGAUAACUUCCCUCUCCUUCUUCUCUCCCCCCUCUCUCUCCUCCUUCCCUCGCAACCUAAUAGCGGCCGACGCGGAGGGCUCAUUGUCCAUCUACGACGCCGACCCAUUCAUACACCUCAAAACCGUAAAAAUCCACAAAAAGUCAGUUAACUCUCUUUCCGUGCAUCCGUCGGGGAAGUUGGCCUUGACCGUCGGCCACGAUGAAUGCUUGGCGAUGGUCAAUUUGGUGAGAGGAAGGAGGAGCUUUUUUUGUAAGUUGAGUAACGAGUCGUCAAUCGUGCAAUUCGAUCAAACUGGCGACAAAUUCUUUAUGGUUGUAGAUGAGAAAUUCAGCGUUCACGAAUCCGAGGAUGCAAAAUUGAUUUUCGAAUUGGAUAAUAAAAAGAGAAUCCUCUCUGCAGCCCCUGGCUCCAAUGGAAUAUUAUUUACAGGCGGAGAGGAUAGGAAUUUGACAGCGUGGGAUACUCUGAGUGGGAAAAUAGCAUAUAGUAUUGAAGAUGCUCAUACAGCACGCAUCAAAGGCAUUGUAGUGUUAUCCAAGAGCAGCGAUGAAUCAGGAGAGACAAAUCCUUACAUGGUUGCAUCUGCAUCGUCGGAUGGAGUCAUUCGUCUUUGGGAUGUGCGAACUGUCAAUAAAGGGAAGCCAAAUCCAUUGGCGGAGACCAAUACAAAAUCCAGGCUGACUUGUCUUGCUGGAUCAUCAAUCAAACCCUUGAAACGCCCCACGGUUAAGAAUGCUGAAUGAAGAUGAGAAUCCAAAUGCUGCCGUGGAAUCUUAACUAUUAUAUUUAGAUUUAUUACAUAUACCCCAUUUUCUCCACUCUUUUUUUUUGCCUCUGUACAACUUCUAGAAGUCGGUAUUUUGUGAGAUUAUUCGUCGCCUCAGUUUGGGCCGUGUUCGAAGAUCAAGAACGCUAAAUUUUGCAUAAAUUUAGGAUAUGAGCAGCCCAGUUCAUAGAAUAUUUUGUCUUAAUUUCACUGUACUCGAGCUAUUGAUUGUUGUUGCAGCAUGGGAAACAUGGAAUUCUUGUGUAUAUGCAUCUCUCUUCUUCCAUGGCA